AUGGCGACGACGUACAGCACCCUCAAUAUGCGGCGGCCGGCUCCUAUACCUCCGAGGAUGGCAGCCGGCACAGCCUCGGCUCUUGGGCGGUUCCCGAAUGCGUCGCAGCCCAUGUCGCGAGUGGCGCAGCAGGCGAUCCUCCCCCCGAGCCAUACUCCAACCAGGGGACACACCUCUGUGGCCCCGAGUCGGCGAACGAGCCAGGAGCGGCCCACGACGCCCGUCGGGAACUUCCACUCUCGGCGAGAUGACUUUAGCGGACCGCGGAGUUCCAACAGCGGGAACUUCGAUGGUCAGCUUCCGGUGCCUCGUAGCCUCGGCGACGGGAGCAGCCGCAGCAAGAGCGUUGCUGUGGGCCCGGGAAGGACGUCGCAUCGCGAAGGCAUCACCUCUGCCGGCAGCUCCGGCUCCACCACCUGCGACAAGUGCGAUGGCAAGCACCCGACGGAUAGGUGCCCGCACUUCCAGAAAGAUAGAGAGAAGCACAAGGACGCCUGGGUGAACUAUGGCUGUAAGAACAAUCCGCACCAGAUGGGGGGCAACCCGGGCAACUUUGUGCUCAGGAAUGCGCGCGUCAUUCGCCAACCCGGAGACGGCAGCUGUCUGUACCACUCCCUCAGCUAUGGCUUGGGCGACACCGACGCUAGAAGCCUGCGUCGUGAACUAGCGCAAUUCUUGCGAGAUCGACCCAGCCUGGAAAUUGCCGGCGACACGCUGGAGGAGUGGGUGCGAUGGGACUCGAACUCCUCCGUCGAGACGUACGCCAGUCGUCAGAGCAUGUCUGGUUGGGGCGGCGGCAUCGAGAUGGCUUGCUGUUCGCAGCUGAAGAACGUAAAUAUCCACGUUUAUGAGAGUGUCAGCAGGAAUGGCUGCGACUUCAAGCGCAUCUCAUGCUUUGAUGCACCCAAACAGGAUCGAUUUGUUCGCACUGUCCAUGUACUCUAUCAAGGAGGCCUGCACUAUGAUGCCUUGCAGCCUCCGUGA